AUGUCCACCCCAAAGGUCACCCUCUACUUCGACCUCCUAAGCCCAUUCAGCUACGUCGCCUUCCACAUUCUCAAAAACUGCCCCAUCUUCUCAAAAUGCAACAUAACCUACACCCCAAUCCUCCUGCGUGACCUCUUCACCAAAUGCCAGAAUACGCCCCCGAUUGCUGUGAAGAAUAAAUCAACCUGGAUAAACAAAGAACGCCUCUACUGGUCCCGCCGACUAAAACUACCCAUGUGUGAAACUCCGCCAGCGGGGUUUCCCUUCCCGACUACUGAGGUCCAGAGUAUACUACUCGUGCUCGGUGAGCGGUAUCCCGGGGAGUUGGCUUCAGUUGUGGAGAGGUUAUAUCGCGGGCUGUGGGGAGAGGGGGAUUCACGUAUUGUGACUACGGAUGGGGUCAUGGGUGUGUUGGAGGAGGUUUUCGGUGGGGAGGGUGCGGGGGAGAUAAUUGAGGCUUCAAAAGAACCAGAGACCAAACUCCGUCUGACGGAGAAUACUCAAAGAGCAUUCGACACUGGAGCGUUUGGAUUACCCUGGUUCGAGUGUGUGAAUGCUUGUGGCGAGAAAGAGUGUUUCUGGGGCGUGGAUCAUCUACCGAGAGUGGUGGAGUUCUUGGGUUUGGAGAGGGGGGAUUCUAGUUGGGGUUUCUGA